AUGACUAGGGUAUGGCGACACGUCCAACCUGUGCUCUGGCUUGGAGCAACUACUGGUUUGUGCUGGGCAGUGUGGAGGUACCACCGAUACCGCACCUGUCUACGCAGCAACAGCCGGAACAUUACUGAGCCGUCGGCUGACGAAGGUAAUGAUCUAGUGAUUGGGCGCAACAGUGAGAUCGAUCGCAUCAUCUGCAUCCUCUGCCGCCGGACCAAGAACUGUGCCGCGCUCGUCGGUGAGGCAGGGGUUGGCAAGACGGCCAUUGUUGAGGGCCUCACCCAGCGCAUCACCAACGGCAAAGUCCCGACCAAGCUCGCUGGAGCUUGCGUUGUGGAGGUUGACCUCGGGGCCAUGGUUGCCGAGACUAACCUCUGCGGCAUGUUUGAGCAGCGCAUCAAGGAUGUGAUAAGGAGCUCCGAGGAUGGGGACGACAAGGUGAUCCUGUUCAUCGAUGAGAUGCACAUGCUUCUUGGUGCUCGUGAUAGUGUAGGGGGCACAGAUGCUGCCAACCUUCUAAAGCCGGCGCUGGCCCGUGGUCGCAUCCGCUGUGUAGGCGCCACGACUCUCAAUGAGUACCACAAGUACAUUCAGGCUGAUGCCGCACUCGAGCGGCGGUUCCAAAAGGUUCAUGUUGAGGAGCCGAGUGUUGAGGUGACCAUCGCUAUUCUGAAGGGGCUUAAACAGAGGGUAUGGCGACACGUCCAACCUGUGCUCUGGCUUGGAGCAACUACUGGUUUGUGCUGGGCAGUGUGGAGGUACCACCGAUACCGCACCUGUCUACGCAGCAACAGCCGGAACAUUACUGAGCCGUCGGCUGACGAAGGUAAUGAUCCAGUGAUUGGGCGCAACAGUGAGAUCGAUCGCAUCAUCUGCAUCCUCUGCCACCGGACCAAGAACUGUGCCGCGCUCGUCGGUGAGGCAGGGGUUGGCAAGACGGCCAUUGUUGAGGGCCUCACCCAGCGCAUCACCAACGGCAAAGUCCCGACCAAGCUCGCUGGAGCUUGCGUUGUGGAGGUUGACCUCGGGGCCAUGGUUGCCGAAACUAACCUCUGCGGCAUGUUUGAGCAGCGCAUCAAGGAUGUGAUAAGGAGCGCCGAGGAUGGGGACGACAAGGUGAUCCUGUUCAUCGAUGAGAUGCACAUGCUUCUUGGUGCUCGUGAUAGUGUAGGGGGCACAGAUGCUGCCAACCUUCUAAAGCCGGCGCUGGCCCGUGGUCGCAUCCGCUGUGUAGGCGCCACGACUCUCAAUGAGUACCACAAGUACAUUCAGGCUGAUGCCGCACUCGAGCGGCGGUUCCAAAAGGUUCAUGUUGAGGAGCCGAGUGUUGAGGUGACCAUCGCUAUUCUGAAGGGGCUUAAACAGAGGUACCAAGACCACCAUGGCUUGGAAAUUCAGGAUGCUGCUCUUGUUGCUGUCGCACAGUUGGCUGGCCGCUAUAUCACUGAUCGCCACUUUCCCGAUAAGGCAAUCGAUCUGAUUGAUGAGGCAUGCGCUGCCACAAGGAUCAUGCUUGACAGUGAAAGAGAAGCAACCGCCGCAAGGACACAGAUUUACGACAAAAAAGAAGUGACUGCGCAAAGUAGAUCUAUGGAUGCGCUGAAGCAAGAAAUUGUUGGUCCAGGUCAUGUCGCACAGGUAUUCACUCAUAGCCUAAAUUAAUUACUUCCAUUAUUUCAACUAGCAAAGUGGCCUGCCCGAUGUGCGGGCUAGAACUUUAUGAAGUGUUAUUAUGAGAACACAUUAUUGAUUUUUUCUAAAUAAAGUCGGAACCUAAUGUGAUCACAUUCACAAAUAUAAGCCUUUUGCAAACAUAGUUUUG